GACAGCAUCUUGCGUUUGUUCAAACACUUCGUUUGCUUUCACAUCCAAUCUGCAUCUUCAAUGAAAGUAACCCAAGCUCUCCUCUCAAACUCACCCAAACUCUUUCUUCCUUUUCCUCUUUCUUUCUUCCCUUCGUCGAAUUCCCGGUCUGUCAUCAGAACCCUUUCACUGAGAUUAUCGCACGGCAUAGACGUUGACUUUGAAAUUGAGAAAGAUACGGAGUGUAUUCCUCAAGCCUCCCUCAAUACAUAGCACUCUUUCACUUUAGAGGCUCGUUCUCUGUAGGACGCAAGAACAUAUCUCACGAUAUCCCCAUCCUAUCUACAACUUCACCGCUGUGAUCGAUCGAUUUAAUAUGCUUUGCCAAAGUCUUAAGCCUAACAAGUUCCUCAAGUAAUUGGCUAUCUCUGUAGCCAAUUGCUUUCUUCUGGAAAGUGCCAGGAUAAGAGUUAACAUGCGCAGGAACUUAGGCGAUGAGACUAUAUCGGUCAACGUUGGCAUUGGUGACUCUCGUCAAAACUUCAAUGUCCACAAAUCUAUACUUCAACAAUGUACCACUUACUUUGAGUCCAACAAACUAUUUGACACUAUGGCUGGAAAGCAAGGAUUGAUCUUUCUCAAUGAUGAGAAUCCAAAAGUCUUCAAAUUUCUUGUCGAUUGAACAUACAAUGGAACUAUUCAAAAGCCUCGAACCAAGAUAUACAUCAAAACCAAACCAUCUCAGGCCGAAAUUAAUCGUCUCGAGUUAGAGCUACUCACAGAGUUCAAUGAAAGCCUCAGAAUUCUGGUUAGUCUGUACUCACUUGCAGAAAGAUGGGAAAUUCAUAACUUGAUGAAUCGUACCAUUGAUGCCAUUCAAGAUGGCUACCUUGAGUUUGGUACUGUCUUCGGACCCGGUCUUGCAGCCCAAAUUUGGCAAGAGACAAAGUUAGAUUCUAUCCUGCGGGAAUUUUGUAUUGCAAGCACAGUUAUGCAUAUGGAUCGUGGUUGUACUAAGCUUCGGCAAGAAGUAAUGACAAAUUGCAUUACUUUCCCUGGAUACUUCCAAGGCAUGCUUAAAUGGGUUUCCAGAAACUUUCAUCUCAUGGGCCGACGCUCAAAGGAAGUGGCGGAUCCAUGGAACUCAAAUGAGAGUUUUAGCAUGCUUCAUAGAUCUAAACUCUGCCCCUGUCAUUUUCAUGUACACCUUACUGGCCAGGCACACAAAGGACACAAAUCAUGUGCAGUUUCGUUCAUCGAUUGUUCUCAUCCAGGAGAUGAUGAGAAGAUGGAAGGACUCGAUGUCUUCAGUCUGUUCAUGGGAUCUGCGAUGAUGGGAUUCAACUUGAGCGAUCCAGAGUAGGAUUAUAAAUAGUGGAUCGAUUGAUACAAUAAAUAUUAGACGGGAUACCAGAAAUAUGCGCAGCCUUGCACGCAUAAUUGUGGUUGCGGUGCAAAUUUUUAUCAUAUUCACUUGCUGCAUUUGCUGCGUACUGUAAAGCUACCGGGUAUUGAAAGACAUAGCUUUCUCUAUCUUCAUUCAAAUACAAUUGCAAGAAAUUCAAACAAUUCUCCA